GUGACUGUGGGGACCGUGCUGUCUGACAAGAUUGCUGCGCUUGCCAGAAGCCGAAUAGAUGACCGUGGUGACCAUCCACUCAACCAUUACAACUUGUUGGACUCCACCUACAACCACAGAUACAAAAGUAAGGGCACAAGCCACAUCUCUGUGCUCGCUGCAGAUGGCAGUGCCGUGUCCGCCACCAGCACCAUCAACUACCCGUUUGGCUCCUUUGUGUAUUCUAACCAAACUGGGAUCAUUUUAAAUAACGAACUCGCUGAUUUCUGCAUAACAAACAGAAGCAUUAAACCAGGAGAGAAGCCUCCCUCAGCGAUGGUGCCUUCCAUUCUCAUCUCCAAGACAGGAGACACGCUGGUGAUCGGAGGAGCAGGCGGGCCCUGGAUUAUCAGUGCUACUGCUAUGGCAAUUAUAAACAAGCUCUGGUUUGGCUACGACUUGGAACAUGCCAUUUCAGCUCCCAUCAUGCAUACUGAAGGUGACAAUAUCGUGUUUGAGGAACAUUUCAGUCAGGAGGUUAGGCAUGGCCUGCUGGGAAGAGGACAUAAAGAAGUUAACAAAACUGCAAUGAAUGUUGUGCAGGGAAUUUCCAAGGAAGGAAAAUGCAUCUCUGCUUACUCUGAUAAAAGGAAGCUGGGGAAGUCAGCUGGAUAUUAG